AUGGGAGGAUGCUUCUCCAAGCCCAAGCCAGUUGAAGUGAAAAUUGAGGUGGUGAUACCCGAGAAGGAGAGAAGCAAAGAGGAGAUGUCACCCAAUGGGAAAGCCAGCCCAUUGAUUUACAAAGUCAAUGGGACUGCCCGGCAUUAUCAUCUCGAGGAACAUCCCAUUGCCAGCAAUCCUUACCACAACCCAAAGGAUGUGGUGGAAGCAUCUGUGUGCCAUGUGAAGGACCUGGAGAAUGGACAGAUGCGUGAGGUGGACCUGGGCUGCGGGAAGGCGCUGCUGAUCAAGGAGAGCGGCGAGUUCUACGCCAUGGGACACAAAUGCCCUCACUAUGGGGCCCCGCUGGUUAAAGGGGUUUUGUCCAAAGGAAGAGUCCGCUGUCCCUGGCACGGAGCCUGCUUCAACAUCAGCACUGGUGACAUAGAGGACUUUCCUGGCUUGGACAGCUUGCCCAGGUUCCAGGUGAAGAUCGAAAAGGAGAAGGUGUACAUCCGAGCGAGCAAGCAGGCUCUUCAGACACAGAGGAGGACAAAGAUGAUGGCAAAGUGCAUCUCCUUGAGCAACUAUAACCUGAGCAGUACCAACGUGCUGAUCAUCGGUGCAGGUGCAGCUGGAUUAGUCUGUGCAGAGACCUUGCGCCAGGAGGGUUUCUCAGACAGGAUUGUAAUGUGCACAAUGGACAGACACUUGCCCUAUGAUAGACCAAAGCUCAGUAAGUCAAUGGAUUCCCACCCCGAGCAGAUCGCCCUGCGCCCCAAGGAAUUCUUCCGCACAUAUGACAUUGAAGUCCUGACUGAAAUGCAGGUUGCAGCUGUGGAUAUCAAGAACAAGAUAGCUGUGUUCAAGGAUGGAUUUAAGAUGGAAUAUAACAAACUGCUGAUAGCGACUGGAAACACACCCAAAGCUCUCAGCUGUAAAGGCAAGGAAGUGGAAAAUGUUUUCAACAUCCGAACACCAGAAGAUGCAAACCGUGUGGUGAAACUGGCCACCAGCAAGAAUGUGGUUAUAGUGGGUGCCUCCUUCCUUGGGAUGGAGGUGGCCGCCUACCUUGCAGAGAGGGCCCACUCGGUGUCCCUGGUCGAGCUGGAGGAAGUCCCCUUCAAGAAGUUCUUUGGGGAGAGGGUUGGCCGCGCUGUCAUGAAGAUGUUUGAGAACCACAGGGUGAAGUUCUACAUGCAGACUGAGGUGUCGGAGCUGCGGGAGCAGGAGAACAAGUUGAAGGAGGUGGUGCUGAAGAGUGGGAAGGUCCUACGUGCAGACGUUUGUGUCGUUGGUAUAGGUGCAGUGCCAGCAACGGGAUUUCUCAAGCAGAGCGGCAUCAACAUCGACUCCAAAGGCUUCAUUGUGGUCAACAAGAUGAUGCAGACCAACAUCCCUGGAGUGUUUGCAGCUGGUGACACUGUGAUGUUCCCUCUGGCCUUGAGGAACAAUAAGAAAGUGAACGUUCCUCACUGGCAGAUGGCCCAUAUGCAUGGCCGUAUAGCAGCACUGAACAUGCUGGCCCAUGGCACGGAGAUCAGCACCAUCCCCUACCUGUGGACUGCUAUGUUUGGGAAGAGCAUUCGAUAUGCAGGCCAUGGGGAAGGAUUUGAUGAUGUUGUGAUUCAAGGGGACUUAGAUGAACUGAAGUUUGUUGCAUUUUAUACCAAGAGUGACGAGGUGGUGGCUGUGGCCAGCAUGAACUACGAUCCUAUCGUCUCCAAGGUGGCUGAAGUCCUGGCUGCUGGCAGGACCAUCCGAAAGCGUGAUGUGGAGCUGUUUGUCCGUCAUGGCAAAACUGGCGAUAUGUCCUGGCUAACAGGGAAAGGCUCCUAA